UUUUGUGUUGCUCUUUACUACGUCGCCGUAUUCGUUGGCAUUCGUGCGUAAAUAUAUUACGAACGCUAGCGCUGGUGGUUGGUGUAGAAACCGCAUUUUGUGCGUUGUUCGGUGCUCACGUUAUCCGUAUUCGAAAGCGCGCAAAGGCUGAUCAAGGCAAAGAAAGCGACUGAUAAGACGUUCACGUUCGAGUGACAGAGUCAGCAUCAUCUGGCGUGGUGUAAGGUGGCUAUGAAGUGAGAUAGUGCGUAGAGUCCACGCAAUGUGACAGUGUGAGUCGUUCAUGUUGGGCCCUUUGCAUUCACCUCGAGAGUGCGUGCAGCUCAACCACAAACACGCAUACAUUUAUGUGUAUGUGUGUGUGUGUGUGUGUGUGUGUUUCUCUCUCUCUCGCUCCUAGUGUAAUGAUAGGUCACUGUUCUUUGUAGUUAAAUUUAACACAAAUCGUAGCUCACAGCACGCCCCUUGAAGCAAUAGCCGCAGCAGCAGUCGUGUUUCGAAGUGUGGCCGACAAGGACCUUAACGCUGGGUUUGGUAGUGUACGAAGAUCCUUUAGUAUACAGUGCCUCUCAGCACUGUCAGUGCUGUCAAAAGGGGAGCAAAAUUGCGCCAAAACAAGACAGUUACCGUUCAUCGUAGUACCGUGAUCUGAUAUCCACGCAUCAGCAGGUGCAUUCUCGCGUACAGAUGGAUACCAACAGCCUGCUGAACAUGAAUCUGGCACUGAAUGUCGCUCGCAAGUGUCGCAUCUGCGGCAUGGACAUCCUCGACCUUUCUUGUGCGUUUUCGAUCUUCGGCAGCGAUCGGCUCGAUCACAAGCUCGAGCGUUAUCUGCGGCUAAAUAUACAAGCGGACGAUUUGAUGCCGAAAUGUAUUUGCGGUUCCUGUUACCUGAAGCUCGAGAGUAUCGAUCAGUUUGCGCUGAUGGCCAACCGCACAGAGGAAGCGUUCCGGACGUGGAUUCGCCGUUUACGGGGUCUCAACUGCCCAGACGACUCAAUACAGAACGUAAAUCUUGUGCUGCCUCUGUUCAGACCGCAGCAAACUGCAUACGCCAACGAUUGCACCACAGAGCAGAAAAUCCAUGUGCGUUCGUUCCAAUCGAAAGAGGCUAAGGAGCAGCCACAUCAGCAACAUCCAUCUAUCCAUCCCGUCACACCGAAGCUAUCACCAGCGGGCAGCAGCGGUCAAGCGAAUCCACCGGAAACCACCGUUAUAUCGUACAGCGAUCUUAAGCUUGGGCUGCUGAUCAAAGACCAAGAGCUGUUAAAGCUAAUCCUGAAAGCGCUCAAGUGGGCCGAGAAUGAUCGACAAGCAUCGUUCGAGGUGCUAAUACAACGACUAAAGAACUCCAGCUUUCGCGAGAUUCUCUCGAACCACCAUCUCCUCAACGAUAGCGAUCUGACGCAGCUCCUCAAGUCGUACAUUGGGCAGGGUGUGAUGAACAUCUUUUCAACACCAUCACCAUCAACCACCGUCACCAACAACAAUGUGCCACCGCUGGUGCUAUCGUCGUCGAUUGUUUCGCAAACGGCUGGCAUUGGUGUUACUCUUACGAACGAAAUCCUGGAAAGCAUCAAUCGCAUAAAGCAACCGACUGCGUUAUCUAAUACCACGCCGUUGUCGACACAGUGUACCAUAUCUAACAGGGGUAAUGGCAGUGGCUUUAAGCUCGAUGAAGCCAGCGAGCGGAUGGAAGUGGGUGUCGAUCCGGAUCUCUAUUUUCCAUACGACGACGAGGAUAGCAGCAGUGCCAACAAGUUUGACCAUAGGUUUGACGAGCGGCAGGAUAAUACAGUCACCAUUAAGUUGGUGCCGACCUCAGGUGAUUCUGCGGAGUGUAGAAAGAUGAUUCCCGCCAUUUUGAACGUGCGCAGCAGCAAUCGCUUCCAGUGCAGUAUGUGUCCGGAGUGUUUUCCCUCGAACAACGAUCUCCAGCAACACACCGUUCUUCGCCAUCUGCCAACGACGCAUCCAACAGUGAUGACGGAACACGGCAAACCGGCGAUCAAGAUCCGUGUACGUAAGAACAAAGCGACGACACUACCAUCGGAUCGUCUGCUACCAAAACUAUCCAACAUCACUUCGAUAGUAACGUCCGAGCAGGCACCCGCCACCGAGUCGAUGACGAUCGCACCGUUGAAGAUACCUGCUUCCACCACGAUAACGGUUAUACCGGGUUGUGCUAAACCACCGCCAAUGCCAUCUCCGCCCGGAACGAGUGUGAUCACAGCAAACCCCAAUACGACAAAGGCUCGCAAACGGCUAUUAGAACCACCUUCCAAGAUCGAACUGAUUCGUAAAUCGAAAAGAAAGCCCGUACCCAAAGUGAAACAUUCACCGAGCCCAGUACCGUGCGAAAAGAAGACAAAUCGAAGCGUCCGAAAAUCCAUCGAACCAGAGCUCGUGGUUGCAACAAAGGUAUCCUCGCGUAGAAGGACACCGUCCGCUUUCUGUACCGUAUGCAGGACAAAACUUGCGGCUCGGGAAACGAUCCGACAGCACAUGGAGCAGCAACAUUCACGAUUCGAAUGUGAAAAUUGCGGACGUACUUUCAAGAGUAAGCUCAGCUUAGUACGCCAUCAGCAACAGCACCACGUGGCUUCGACGAUCGCGCCCGGCAAUGCCAGUAAGAGUGAACUUCAAACGCAACGUACGUCCAAGGGAAAGAAGCUGGAAGACUCGCCGUUACACAAGUGUACGCAAUGCAGCAAAGCUUUUCGCAAGGCAGUACACCUCAAAGUACACGUGCUAAAUCAUAGCAGCGAAGAGGCUAAACGUGUAGCGGAACCGAAAGUGACGAUCGUCAAAGCGACAACGGUUCUUCGUAAGCGAACGAUCCUCGUUGGUGCUAAAACUGGAAACAGUAAUCCCACACCAGUCGGUCGAACAAAGAGAAAUAGUAAAAUGGCUAAAAAAUAAUGAAUACAAUAAGAAUUAUCAAAAGAUAAUAUUAAUCAUGAUCGAAGUUAAACAUGAUCGGGAUCGGGACGUUACGGCCCCAGCGCCCGGUGAGGCUAAAUGAGUGAGGAAAAUGUAGUGCAAAUUUGGAAUAAGUAUCAGAGAGAAUUAGUUGUAUUGAAUUAAGACAUUGAUGAUGUACGUUGUAAAGAUAAGAUGGUGCAUGGAAGGGGCCAUGGUCCGGUACCAAGAUGUUGUAUUGGCGCUCUACUGCACUGCCAAUUGUAUUUGUUAAUAAUAAAUAAUUUAUUGAGUUUUAUUACUUAAA